GAUCUUUUCGUUUUCACCGCCUGCCAACAUUUGUUUUUUUCUUUUAAUUUCCUGCCUCCCCACCUUCAGGUCCCGGGGGGCGGGCGUAUGCUAGACUCGCAGUCGCGAGGACCGUUUCGCACUCCAGUUCGGCUCGCUUCAGACACCAUUUGGCCGCAAGAUUUGAUUUCGGUGCCCUCGUGAGCCCGGGAGCUCCCCCCCUCCCCGGACCGAAACGAAAAAUGGCAAACGAAUACUACAACCAAAAGCCGCUGCCCGAUCCAGUUAGCCCGGUCUACGACAGCGACCGGCCUGCACCGUCCUACUCUUCCUACUCCACGCCCGCUCCUUCGUCCAACUCGCGGCAGCAUCUUGCGCCCGGAGAUCGGCCACCGCAAGGGGUUUCUCCUUCGCCCUUCGACACUGUCUUCGACGAUCAUGUGUACCCGGCCAGCACACACUCGAGCAUGCACCGAUUGAGCCAACAGGACACGGGCUACCACGGCCAUUCGCCCGUUUCCAACGACGGCAUCCCCCUCCAGGACCGCCAGCGCCUGUCCUUCAAGGAUGCCGAGAUGCAGGACCACGUCUACGACGCGCCGCAGCCGAAAACGUCCCGGAGGGGACGCGUGCGCUUCGGCGAGCUGGGGAUGCUGGGCUCCAACCGCAAGAAGAUUCCGUUUGUCGUCUACUUCUUCACCCUCGUCCAGGUGGCCGUCUUCAUCGGCGAGAUCGUGAGGAACGGUGAGCAAAUCCCCUUCCCCCCCUCUUUCCCUUCCUCUGCCCUCUCUCUCUCUCUCUCUCUCUCUCUCUCUCUCUCUCUCUCUCUCUCCUUUCCGUUCGCGAACCCCAGAAUGGCCGUGGCGACUAACGGAACCCGACCAGCAACGGAAACCGGCUCUCCCAUCAUGACCCAGCCCUCCUUCAACCCCAUGAUCGGCCCGUCUCCCUACGUCCUCAUCAACAUGGGCGCCCGCUUCGUCCCCUGCAUGCACAAUGUCGACGGGAUCCAAAACGCCAACAGGACCCUGCCCUGGCCGUGCCCUAGCACCACGACCAACGACCCGAACUCCCCCGAAAAUCAAUGCACCCUCGGAGAUCUCUGCGGUUUCGGCGGCGUCCCCGAGCCGGCCUACAAACCCGGCACCCCGCUCGACACCAAGCCGGCUCCCAAUCAGUGGUUCCGCUUCAUCAUCCCCAUCUUCAUGCACGCCGGCGUCAUCCACAUUGGCUUUAACAUGCUCCUCCAGCUCACCCUCGCCCGCGACAUGGAAAAGUCCAUCGGCUCCAUCCGCUUCUUCCUCGUCUACAUGUCGGCGGGCAUCUUUGGCUUCGUCAUGGGCGGCAACUAUGCCGGCAACGCCGUCGCCUCCACCGGCGCCUCGGGCUCCCUAUUCGGCAUCAUCGCCCUGACCCUCCUCGACCUGCUCUACUCGUGGAAGGACCGCGUCAGCCCGGUCAAGGACCUCGUCUUUAUCCUUCUCGACGUCAUUAUCUCCUUUGUCCUCGGCCUGCUCCCCGGCCUCGACAACUUCUCCCACAUUGGCGGCUUCCUGAUGGGCCUCGCCCUGGGCAUCUGCGUCCUGCACUCGCCCAACUCCCUCCGCCGCCGCAUCGGCGACGACGUUCCCUAUGCCCACUCGGACGUCAGCGGCGGCUUUGCCGCCCAGGGCACGCCCCCGUCCUUCCUCAAGAACCCGGUCGGCUUCUUCAAGGGCCGGAAGCCGCUCUGGUGGGCCUGGUGGCUGAUCCGCGCCGGCGCCCUCGUGCUCGUUACCGUCGUCUUCAUCGUGCUGCUGAACAACUUUUAUGUCGACCAGCGCACUUGCAGCUGGUGCAAGUACCUGAGUUGUCUGCCCAUCCACGACUGGUGCUCAAUUGGGGAACUGAACCUGUAAUGGCCACAGCUUCGUCAUCGGAAGCAUUGCGCCGACCUUUGCAUCCAUAUACAUAUUACGGGCUCGUCACGAAGCAUCAUGAUGUCGUCUGAUUUCCGGGAUGGAAUUCCUCUCAAAAAUUUAUUGGACGUACGGAGACAAAACAGGCGCCCAACUCACCGGGUUGUUUUUGCCGGGACAUGGGUGAGAAAGAGGGAAUAUCAUGAACCGG